ACGCAUCCACCUCCCUCCAAAAUGGCACCCGCAUCCGUGGCUCUCCACCCUCCAACGACCUCCUGCUCUUUCCCCACCGGCGCCGGGCGGCGCAGCCGCCCCCAAUGGGGCCCACCUGCGUCUCUCGCACCACUUCCCCCGGCGGCCACGCCUGAGGUGCCGCGCCGCCUCCUCCUUCCAGCGGCUGCCGGCAUUUGGGACUUCAUCUCCGGCGGUGCGGGUGGUGGUGCCGCCGCCGCGUCCCUCGCCGUCCGGCGAGGUAUGCAGCUCUUCCGCCAGGGAGAUGUGGCUGGCUCAUUGGCAGAAUUCGACAAGGCAGUCGAGAUGGAUCCACGGCAGAAGCAAUAUCUUUGGCAAAGGGGUCUGUCGCUAUACUACCUCGAUAGGUUCGAAGAAGGUGCAGAGCAGUUCAGGCUAGACGUUGCAGCUAAUCCGAACGACACUGAAGAGUCCAUAUGGUGCUUUCUGUGUGAGGCUCAGCUAUGCGGCAUUGAGGAAGCAAGGAAACGGUUCUUGGAGGUUGGUUUGGACUCAAGACCUGUAAUGCGUGAAGCAUACACGCUGUUUAAAGACGGUGGAGAUCCCGAAAAGUUAGUAGCAAACUUUUCAAGUCGCUCAGAUGGUGAGGUCUUCUAUUCUUCAUUGUAUGCUGGACUUUACUAUGAAUCACAGAAGGAUGCGGAGAAGGCAAAAUCUCAUAUCGUUGCAGCAUGCAAGUCGCCAUACGGAUCAAGGUCUGGCGAUUACAUGGCCUCGCUUGCGUUUGUCCACUGCCAGUGCCGCAACUGGGAUCUAGAGUGAGAGAGACCAUCAUGCUUGAAGCAGACCCCGACGAUUCCGGUUGCAGCUAGCCAACAGACUGUAACAUGGCAAUGGGUAUUUUAAUUUCUUCGCAUGGUGCAGACUGUGAAGAUGCUUGCAGCCGGAUCCUCUUUGUUUGGAUGUGUAGCCUCCGCAGUCACUAGAACUGAUCCUUGUCAAGUGCCGGCUGAUUUUGAUUUUUGAGUCUGACUGACUGACAGGAUAUGGAGUGCAUUGUUUCAGAGAAGAGAAUAGUUCAGCCGUUCAGGUGACCAGGCACGUUUAUCUGCUGCUGUACUGCAAUGGCAUUCCGCUAAGGCGCUACUAGAUGGAAGCGUCAGGAACUGUAAGCAAGCAGUAAACUAGGUUGAAGACCGAAAUAAAAGGGAGGUUGAACUGGCAGAAUGGCAA